AUGGAUUUGUAUGGUGCGACUUCGAAUGGGACGGGGAUGGGGGUGGAGUCGGCGUCGACGUCGGGGUAUGAUAACCCUCUUGCUCAUCUGGCGAGUGCGGCUGCGUCGGCGCAGGCGAGUGAGAGGGCGACGCCGGCACACACACAGAUCCAGCAAAUUCAGCAAAUACAAAUUCCGACUCCGGCGUCAAUCACGGCUCCAGGCUCGGUAGCGAACGGGAGUGUGUUUUUGACGCCGAUCUCGCAGAGCCAGAGUCAUGAUCCGAGGGUACCGGUUUCGCUUAUCCCAACACCAACCUCAUCGUCGGUCCCACAACCACUACCCACCAUCCCGUCAUACUCCAUACCCCAACCUCAACCUCAACCUCAACGUCAACGUCAAUCCUCCACCACGACCACGACAACGACAACGACCCGGCCAACACAAACCUCCAAACGCCCACCCAAACGUUCCUCCCUCACCACCACCUCCACCACCCCCACAGGAUCAGGAGCAGGACCAGGAGCAGGAGCAGGACCAGGAGCAGGAGGAGGGACAGUAGAAGGAACUCGGACCGAACAAACAAAAGCCAAACGCCGCGUCCCCCCCUCCCUCCGAAAACGUACCCAAAUAUCCUGCGACGCAUGCAAAACCCGGCGAUGCAAAUGCGUCCGUACAAUUCCCCCCGACGUCGACAUUGCCUCUCUUCCCACUGACGGGCAAGAGUUGCCGCCGUGUAAGUUGUGUUUGGAGAGUGGGAUCGAAUGUGUGAGUACACUUCCACGAAAGGUUAGGGUGUAUGGGACUACGGGGGUUGGAGGGAUGGGGGUUGAGGGGGUUAGGAGGUGGAGGGCGUUGGAGGCGUUGGUUAAGGGGGUGUUUCCUGAUAUCCUCGUGACGACUGGUACUGCUCCAGAUGGUGCUGGUGCUGGUGCUGGUGCUGUUGCUGGUGCUGGGACGGGUGAGCAAGGGCAAGCUGGCACUGGGGAGGCGGAAGAUGAGCAGGGAUUGACCGCGGAGAAGAUCUUGGCGUUUGGGAGGAGUAUGGGGGUUGAUAUGCCGGAUCUUGAGGCCCUUUCUGAGGGGAUUGAGGGGGGUGUGCCUCCAGCGAAGGACGGCGAGAAAGGGCCUGUGGCGUCGGUUGUUAUUCCGCCUGCUACGCUCGCCGCUGUACCCGCCGCGCCCUCCACCACCACUACCACUACCACUGGUACCGGUGUGGCGAGUGGCGGUGGGUUGACCACGGGGCAGAAAGGAACGGGGAACAGGACGCCGGGUGGACCGAGGGUCAAGGAAGAUACAAGUUUGAUCAAAGAUACGAGUGGGAGGCCACACUAUAUCGGCCCCUCGGGGUCUCUUGCCUUUUUCGCAAAGUUGAGAGAACUCGUCGCUCAGCGUUCCUCCUCGUCGCCCUCGGGGAAUCAUAGUGCUGGUGGGAACGGCCGGUUUGAGUUCGUGAGGGAUAAAUUGGCGGGGGCGUUGGAUGGGGGUAUCAUGGCGCGUGGGACACCAGGGGCGGGGAUGGGGUUGGGUGGUAUGGGUAUGGGGAUCGGUGCGAUUGGGAGUGUGAACGCAAGUGCGAUUCCAUCUCGUGCACACUCGCAAUUCGAUCCAGACUCGAGGAUUCCCUCGCCUAGUUCGUCCGAUGACGAGGAUAACCCCGAAAAUGAUAACGACGCAACGAGUCCGGAGAGCUCGAGGAGUGCGAAUACGGGUGUCGAGCUCCCGGUGCGGGAACAAGCCGAUCCAUGCGUCGAUGCCUUUUUUCGGUUGGUGCAUCCGAACUAUGUGCUUUUCCACCGAGCCUCGUUUCAGGGGACGUAUGAGUCUCUCUACAGACAGAAACGGAGGUCGGCGACAAGUGUGCCGAGUGGGUGGUUGUGUUGUUUGUACAUGGUCCUCGUGUUCGGGAGUCGGAUGUUACCCCAAGAACCUGGUUCGCUCGAGUUUCAGAGGAGGUGGUUUAGGGCAGCUCAUUCGCGGCUUCCGCAUCUUCUCACGACGUCGACGUUGCCGAAUGUUUGUGCGUUGUUGUUGCUGGCUCUGUAUGCGCAUAAUGCGAAUGACCGUAAUUCGGCGUGGACACUCGUUGGUGCGGCGGGGAGGUUAGCGAUUGCGUUGGGGAUGCAUCGUGCGAGCGCUUCCGUUGGGUUCGAGCCCUUGCGAAGAGAACUACGGAAGAGGGUGUGGUGGACUCUCUACCAAUUCGAGCAGUUUCUGUGCUGUGGUCUGGGACGGCCUUCGGCGAUUGAGGACGCGGAGGUGGAUAUCGGGGUUCCGUCGGAAGAGCUGUUGGAUGGUGGGUUGGCGCCUCCGCUGUAUCUGGAGCAUGCGUCGAGGUUGUAUAUGUUGUAUGGGAGUAUUCGGCGUGGUGUCUACCAUCCCACGCAUACUGGGCCUGGCUUGGUGUUCCGUGCGAAACAGAUCAUGAAUUCGUUGAGGGCUUGGGAGGGUGGAUUACCGGGUCAGUUGAGGGCCCGGGGGUGGGAGGAGGGGAUGAGGGGGAGUCAGACGCAGUGGAGGAGUGUGGUGAUGUUACAUGUGCAGUAUCAGCACGCGCUGGCACUUCUUACGAGGCCGUUUCUGUUGCAGGCUGCGAAUGGUGGUGUUGGCGUUGGGAAAGAUGACGCGAGCGUAAAGGAGAUGAGGGAGGUUUGUGUUACUGCCUCUGUCCGGUGUGGGGAGUUCUUGGUCGAGUUGUGGCGUGCGGGGUGUUUGAAUGGGAUUUCGUGGCUGGAUGUGUUUUACGUUUAUUCCAGUUCGAUGAUCCUCAGUCUUGCGCUCUUUGCGCAGAUGUCGUCGUCGAACACUCAAUACCCCAAUGGCGCGGUUGAUUUUGUGCCGAGUCAUGAUCCGGAUGAGUUGAGGAGGCGGGUGAGUCAGUUGUUGCAGGUCAUGGAGUCGGUGAGGAUGUGUGGGACGAUGGUCCGUUUUGCCAAGGUGGCGGAGGAUUUCGCCAAGGUGGUGGGGAUCACGUCGCACUCCAUCAACACCAACCACACGUCCUCUACAACUGGGACUGCCACCCAGUUCCCGGCCGUCCCACCGGAUCCCUACGGACCUUUCCACCUCGCCAUCAACAUCCCCAAUAACAACGGCUACGCUACCUCCGGGACUCGAACACCCUGGGACCCCCACGCAGCAGGCGACUGGACAGCCCUCGGUGGAAUGGAAUCCACCUUUGCCGGAAUCUUCGCCGCGGACCCCUCCCUUAACGUCGAAAACCACGGUAUCACAACUGGAGGUGAGGGAGGAGGCAUGGGAGGAAUGGAGUGGGAUAUGGUUAUGCAGCCGAGUGAGUGGAAUGAGGCCGGGGGGUUGGCGAUGCAGAUGGAUUGGGGGUGGCAGUGGGCUGUCGAGGCUGCUGCUGUUGGGAUUUAG